GCAGUCCAGGGAGAUGCGACGUUGACGUUACGUUAGAAGAUGUACCUGGGAGAAAUGUAUAAAAGAUUUUGCUCCACUCGUUUCGGCAUCAGUCGCUCAUCAGCUACGAAACCAAAUCAAUUAACCAUGAAAUUGAUCAUUGUCGCCCUUGCCUUCGUGGCCGUCGCCGCCGCCGCCGUUGUUCCGGUAGAAAAGGAACCGACAAAGAUCCUUCGCUCUGAAUUCAACGCUGAUCCCAACGGUGGAUACAACUUCAACUACGAAUCCGAAGAUGGUUCCUCUCGUUCCGAGACCGGUGAAGUGAAGGAGGCUCUUGACGAGGAAAACAAACCACACCAAGUCAUCGUGGUCCGCGGAUCCUUCGCCUACAUCACCCAAGACGGCAAAACAGAGACCGUCAACUACUACGCUGACGAGUCCGGAUUCCACGCUGAAGGAGACUCCAUCCCCAAACCAGUAUCGAGGAAAUGAGCUGACUGAUAAAUCCGCGGUAUAAUGCUGCCUACUGCCAUAUUUUGUACAUUUUUACUGUUGAUUUACUCAUAGGAAUUAUACGUUGAAUUGUCUAAA